GUGCGGAUCCGCGAGCGCUUGACAGACGGUCGGCACCGCGAUACCCGGAACUGGAGAUUGACAGACAGGCUGGACGGGAGCUCCCGGGACCUCGAGCUGGUCAGGGGCAGUUUUCAGGUACAUUGCAAGAAGAUGCCAGGGUUAAGUGGGAAAGUUCAGACUGUGCUGGGUCUGAUCGAUCCUAGCCAGUUGGGUCGCACCCUGACUCACGAGCAUUUGGCCUUGUCUUUUGCGGUUUGCUACUUUCCACCACUCCCUGGUCAAGAAGAGUACUCGGAAAUGCCGAUAUCCAUGAAUAACUUGUAUUGGCUCAAACAGAACCCGUACAGUCACAAAAGUAAUCUCAUAUUGAACGAGGAACCUGAAGUGGUGAAAGAGGAGCUGUUGCAUUUUAAGAAGAUGGGUGGUGGAACCAUUGUGGAAAACACAACGACGGGGAUUUGCAGAGAUGUGAAAACUCUCCGGCGCCUUUCUCAGGAAACUGGUGUCCAUGUCAUUUCGGGGGCAGGAUUCUACGUGGGUGAAACUCACUCGCCUGAAACACGGAGCAUGACCGUGGAAAAAUUAACAGAUAUUCUAGUGAAUGAAAUUCUACAUGGAGCAGAUGAAACUGAUAUCAAAUGUGGAGUGAUUGGAGAAAUCGGCUGUUCUUGGCCAAUUACUGAGGGUGAAAAGAAAGUUCUCCAAGCCACUGCUGAGGCACAGACGCAGCUUGGCUGUCCUGUUAUCAUUCACCCUGGCAGAAAUGUUGAAUCACCUUUCCAGAUUAUUCGGAUACUUCAGGAGGCUGGGGCUGACAUCUCCAAAACAGUCAUGUCCCAUCUAGACCGGACCAUAUUUGACCCGGAUAAACUACUAGAGUUUGCGAGACUGGGAAGUUACUUGGAAUAUGAUCUAUUCGGCAUUGAAUUCUUGAACUAUGCGUUUAAUCCCGCGGUGGAUAUGCCCUGUGACAAUGAAAGGAUCCAUCGAAUCCGUUUUCUGGUUGAAGAGGGUUAUGCAGAUAAACUGCUGAUAUCCCACGAUAUUCACACUAAGAACCGAUUGACCAAGUAUGGAGGACAUGGCUAUUCCCACAUUCUGACCAACAUCGUUCCGAAAAUGAGUCAGAGAGGUCUGUCGCAAAGUGUUAUAGACAAGAUUUUAGUAGAAAAUCCAAAACGGUGGUUAACGUUCAAAUAAUUAGGCAUCAGAUUCUCCCAAAAUAAUCUACAAAAUCUGAAGAACUAAGUUUCCAAGUAAACCGAUUUAUAGUUGAUUUCAGCGCAAUGCUUUAGUUAUAAAUUCGUAAUUUCUAGUACAUUUAAAAGAUGAAGUAUUCUUUAAUCGAUGAAGGAUGAAAAAUGAACUGGCAAUUAUUUGAAGGGCGCUUGUUUGCUGUGAUGUCUUACUGUUUACUUGUGCGACAAUAAAGAAACGUUUAACAAAC